CGCCGACUUGUCACCAGAAGCACUCUCUGUAAAAAUGGGGAUCUGUCAGACUUCAGUGGGGCAGAUGUCACGAGUGGAGAAGACAGCGGGGCAGCGCUUUAAUCUCGUGUUGAGGUGACAGGGUCCGCGGGAGUCCUCAGGUCCAGCUCCAGGCUCUCAAGGCUCAGUGAGGACCACCCACACAUGGACACGGCUGCAGAAGUCUCCGCAACACCAGUGCUGGAGGAGGCGCAAGAGGAGAGGAAGACAGCACGAGGAUGUCCAGCCUGUGCGCAUGGUGUUUUCACUGAUGUCAGGCAGUUGCAGAAUAUGUGACAGCCUGACGGUGUUCCUGCUGUGGAAUCUGAGCGUGGCCAGCAGCCAGCCUGUGACCGGCUUCAUCGGGGGUGAGGUCCUGCUCCCCUGCGUCUACUCUGGAAAGCUGUCCAAGCAGGUCAACGCCUUCUGGAGGGACAAGAAUGACAAUGUUGUGUUGGACAUUGUCAACGGUAAAGAGGAUAAAAUAGUCCAAAGUCCAAAGUUCAAAGAUCGCGUGUUCAGCUUCAAAGACCAAUACGAGACUGGAAACCUCUCCAUCCUCAUAAAGGGCCUGAGGGCAGACGACGCCGGCCCGUAUGAGUGUGACAUCCCCAAAGUGGAGCAUCAGACCAAGAUGACUCUGAAACUCACAGAGAAGCCCGCCGUUAAAAUAACAACUCCACGUCCUUUGCCUCCUGUGACUGCUUUGCCUCGGGGUGCAGCGGUAACCUCCUCCCUCCACCACCUGACUCUCCUCUGUCCUGCUCUGUUUGUGCUUUUCUUCUCUUGAAAGUAGGCACAGACUUGAGUUAAAGUUGGGUUUAGCUUUAAUCAAAAACUAGAUUAUACCUUAAAAAUAACAUUUCACACUGUCGGAUAAAGUAAAACCCUUCUUUUCCAUAUUUGCUCUAAACCUGGUAAAUGUAUGAUGGAGCUGCUUUGAAUUAUUUACAUCCAUACAUCUAUCGUCAUUAUAUACAUCUAUCGUCUUAACGUUUCCUCCUUCAGCUGAGACGACUGAAAAAUGCCUCUCCUGAGGCAUUUCUUAUUAGUCUGUUCAGUGUGCUGAUGUAACUCAUCCUCCAAUCAGGUGACAGAAAAAUGUAAAAACUAAACCUCAGCUCGAAACCACCUGCGACUGUUACGCACCGACUUGCCCACUGCAUCCACCUCCACCUGUUUUCAGCCCUCCAGAGCAAACAUGAAUGAACUCACUGCACAAAUGUUCAUGACAUCAACGUUAAAUUGACCAAUUUAUAAACAGUCUCCAAAAGACAGGCUGUCAUGUUAUUCCAUGUAUGUUGACAGUCAUAAAGAUAGUCGUUUAGCUUAGCUGUGUCAUGACACCAGAGAUAUCGGUGUAGUCCUGUUUAGAUCUGAUUGGAGUCAGACGGUGUUUUCAUUGCUUUUCAGUGCUAACUUCAUGCUGUGUUACUAGAAAACAAAGAAACAACCUCCAAAAUCUGUAAGUAUCCAUACUGGCCAACAUUGGUUAAUGGCUGAAAAACUGAUGAACCAGUCUCCUGGCUGAUAUCCAUCCGCUGAGUCAGGUCAGCCUCCAAAUUCAAUGAUUUCAAAACUGAUGGUGGCCCUGAAAGGUCAAACGACUGCAAGUAGAAAAGUAUUCCAAAAGUACAAUAAAAGAAAAAAAACAAAACAAAACCUCACAAAAAGGUUUUUUUUCUGUUUCCGUAGUGUUUUCUUCAACUUCCUUUCUGUUUUGUUUACUUGUUCCAUUUGUUAAUGUUUUCUUAUGUUGCAGUGCAUUUGACCUUUGAGCGCCACAAUUUAAAUAAAUUAAAAAGAAGUUCUAUGGAGAGCUGACGAGGUUUUAAAACCAGUCAUUAUUUACCCCUAAUGAAGCUCUUUUGAUGCCCGAGACCAAAAAAAGGACAUUACAGCAGCAGAAGAAGAAGAAAAGUAUCCGAACAACAUCGAUACGACCCAGAUUACUGUCAUAAACAGAAAAAUAAAGUUGUUCGACUUCCCGAGAUUGCUGCCGGACCUUUAACGUCUAAAGUUUCAGUGCGUGUUUCGUUAUAAUUGUACUAAAAUAUUUCUGUGAUUAGUCAUAUUGAUCAGAUUUGAAUUCUCCCACAGAAAACACCUUUAUAAAUCUGAUUUACAUUGUUCAUGUUCUUUGUCGAUCGCCAGGAGGAAAGUGCUCUCUAUCAUCUAUGAAUAAAACAGGAAGUCACACUGUCAGGCAGGUUUAACAGGCUUUAAUCUACCUGGAUGUUUCACAGUGACGCCAUAUAGAGACUGAUGUUUGCCACAGACCGGGAUUGUGAAGGUUUUUUUUUUUUUUUAAGGUUGUGUUCAUUUCAGUGAUUCUCCUUGCAUGUGUGUCUUUGUAUCACUGACGUAAAUAAACAUCAGCUCUUAAAAAGUUUGAUCCAAAGACAUUCAACAUCAAAUGAAUCUUUAAAGUAUAUCAGAUAUGUGAAACAAGUGAGAACAAUCGGCCACCACAUGGAGCUGUCACAGCUAUGAUUAUUAUUAGUAGUAGCAGUAUUAAUAAUCGUUAUUAUUGUUAUUAUCAUUUAUUAACAAUAUAGGUGCUCCAGCAAAUUUAAGACUUACUAAAUGUGAUGGCAUGGAUCUCUGCAUAAGAUUAGCAGCUUUUAAAGGAGGUCAUUGUGCAUUAUGCUUUUUUUUUUUUUGCUCUGUUUUUAUUUGAAGAAAUUAGUGUUGAAGGAAAAAUAAGCACUUAGAACUAGGCUGUUAUUUAUUAUUAUUAAAAAAAAUGUAAAAGUGAAGUUUAUUUAUGUUUUUGACAACAAAAUAUUCAAAAGAAAUGUUCCAGUUGACCCCCCAACCCCCCAAAACUGUCAAAAAUAAUCUGUUUACUAAAAACAGCAAAACAUCCAACACAAUCCAACAAAAGCAUGACUUUAUUACAAUCAGUACUGAAAAUAGUCAGUAAAAUAUCAGAUUUAUUGUCUGCGUCUUCUAUCAUUUACUAUAUAAUAUAUUACUGUUAUUAAAAAUCUGCUGUGUUUUAUAUAUUUAUAUAUUUUUUUUUUCGGAUGCAGAUGGGUCAAAACAUCCCGAAGCUCCCUUUAAGCUUCAUCUUGUUUACCGGCAUAUUUUAUGUUUAUGAAGUGACGAGAGAUCAAAAAAGCUGCAAUGCAGAUGUGUGUGAGUCUUCCCAGGUCGCACAAAGAGCUGAUUAACCGAUUAGUUGACUGAGCAACAGUUCAGCUCUGCAAACGAUACUACUCGCUUGAUUUUCAGGAUUCAGUCCUCAAACCAUAGUUUGAAUUUUCUUGCACAAGCCAAUGCAUCAACGUUUUUUUGCUUCCAUAGUCAAAGAUUUACUCCCAACUUUCAUACCUCAGAUUUUAUCUGUCAACAUUUUAGGUUUAUUUAUUAUCUGGUUUAAUUGUUACAGUGUCAUAGUAGAGAUCUUAACAAAAUGUUAGGGUCAGGGACUGAACGAGGAUCCUCUUUUGUUUGUAUCAGUUUUUUGUUUCAUUUUUUUUCUCUUUUCAGUGAUAACAGAUGAUAACAGAUCAGUGGUUUAGAGUCUUCUUCAUCAACAUGUGGAGUUAACUGUCUCUGUUUAAUUACACAAAGACUCUAGGCACUACAACGUUCAGCCAACUUGUUGGCUUUAUGUCAUUUUCAGAUUAGUUUCAGUGUUAAGUUUUAAUAUGAAUAAUUCUGCCUGUCAGUCAUCUGAUGAAGACCAAUCAGUUGUGUUCAGUGUUUUGUUUUCAUAAUUUGUUUUGUUCCUUGGCUUAGUUGUUGUGUCAUGGAGGUAUUUGUCAGGGUUUCACAGCCUUGGAAACAUCCAGUGUUUUUAGUUUCUUUGCUUCAGCUCAGGUUUAAGCCUGUUUAUCAGACAGUUUUAAGUAAGGACAGACUGAACCAAAGUCCAGGAUCUUUUCCCUUGUACCAACUUAAUCAACCAAAAACAUCGUGGUCAUGUGACCAGGAUCAUUUCAGUGUAACUACUGCUUGCUCUGGUGUGACCACAGGUGGCGCUACAGUGUUUCUCUUGUAGAAACCAUAAAAGAAGCUGCGACCGCACAUAAACUGUCUGUCAGUCAACAAAUCAGUUAAUUGAUCAGCUCUGAGAUGCCGUGUGUUUGUGUAUCGCUGCGCUGUUGCAGUCUGAAUGGUGAGGGUCUCUGUUCGGGGUACCUGUGAUGUCUGAAGGUAAUCACAGCAGUCACGUGACCCUGGUCUUUUUCAUUGUAGCAGACUAUGGUCUGAAGUGUGGAAAGCAACCCAGAGGCAUUGUGGGAAAUUUAGGAAAAACUGGUAGCGUUUUUUUUUUCUCCCUUCUUUUCUUCCCUGUUUCUGGUUGUUUUUAAUGCAGUUUAUUUAAUUGUUUGUUUUUUGUUCUGAAAACUGGAUUCAAACUUUUGUUUUGUUUGUGAUGUUAAAGAAGGAGUUGAUGACUUCAGACUUCAGCAGCAGUUCUGGUGUGUUUGUUACAUCUGACGUUUGCAGGUUCAUUGCUCAAGCUCAAUAAAAACCUCACAAUAAAACGAAA